UUUGGAAUAGUCGAUAUCGCUAGAGGAUAUUGCCGAAUUUGAUAUUGGAAUAGUGGAAAGAAAAAUCGAAUCAUAAAUUAGAUUUUAAAAUGGAUAAUAACCCAGGCCAGCCGAACGCAAUUGAGAAAUACUAUUCUUACUGCGAUGGUGGCAUAGUAGAUUGGUCGACUGAAGCCACUGCUAUCAUUGCUGAUAUUGCCGAGCAUAUCAAAGAAGCUGCGCUUUCCAAAAUUCUCAAGCCAACGUUAUCGGAAUCUUUCAUUAAUUUGACUACAUUAGAAGAAAAGCGAAUGUGUAUAAAAGUGAGUGCCGCAGGAUUACAGAUAGUCGCAGAUGAGUACGAUCAAAACCAAACAGAUCAUUCACAAAACAAGCGCUACGAAACACCCUAUGCUUUACUCUCCGAUCGAAGCCCAUCCUACAUAAACGCUUUCGGCAAUAGUCUUGAAAAUGCAUUGAAACAACAUGUAGAAACAUCUUCCAACUACAUCGUUGGUGAUAACGAAUAAAUUUGGACUAUGUACAAAUUUUAA